AUGGAACUGGCUCAGUAUUAUUAUGAUCCAUACAAUAAGGAGAGUAGUGCUGUAACAAUCUGCGAUGCUAAUAUCACCGAAUAUCUUAGCAGGAAGCAUUCCGUCCUACAUGUUUGCUUUUUAAAAAACCUUCGACGCGUUCCAAUAAUUGGGUUUGUCUCCUACAACUACGACGAUGUGUGGGAAAUCGAUUUUGGUCAACUGAAGAACUUCUACUCUCCUAUCAAUUUCUUUGGGAAGGCAACGGAUGCAAAAUGGCUUGGGAAAGACAUUGCUACGGGAGAUGUCGUUCAAAUUGAGUUCAAGAUCUGUGCAGACGUUCUGUAUUUCAGAUUGGGCAAAGAUAGGAAACAUUGGACAUGCCCUCUUCGUACUCGAUUCGACCCAUCAAUAAAGGUUUCCCUCGUCGUAGAGACACCUAAGAAGAAUUUUGUCGUGUUGCGGGACGACUUGUAUCUCGACUAUGUAUUGAAUGGUAAUCCUCGAACUUUCCGCACAUGCACCAGCUGUUACGAGGAGGAUGACAAAAAUCGGAUUGUAGUAGCGGAAUGUGGACACUACAUGUGUUCAAACUGUUGGAAGAAAUGGGUUAGAUCUAAACCGAUGUCGAAUUGCUGGGUCUGCUCCAAAACGAUUGAGCGUUAUGUAUAUGCGAGGUUUCGAGAUAGUCCAUGUCCAGUGGAUCACUGUCGUUCUGGAGAUACUCCAAGGGACUACGUUCUUGUGCCAUGCGGAUGUGUGACGCGCUGUGUUAUGAAAAGCAGCGAUGGUACGAAGACCAUCUGCCCGUAUGAGGUGUGCGGCAGAUCAGUUGAGGCGCAAUGGCCUCUCUAUGGACAUUAA